UACACCCGGCGAAAAUUUACCUGUUGCAAAUCAAAACAAACCAGUGUGGAGUUUGUUCUAUCCUAUAAUGUUAUUCACUAUAUACUUGAAAAAUCAAUGAAGACCUGGAAAAGCUUAUUAACUCAGGUGAAGAUUUGGUGUUAAUACAAAAUGAAGAUAAUGCUGUAAGAAGCCGUACCUGCAAUCAUAUGAAAGUUUCACAGUUUUUCAGGAGAGUAGAUUAUGCCGAUAGGAGCCAUACCAUUCCCGUUUGGGAAGUGCAAGAUCUGUAAAGAUAAAGCUACUGGUGUACAUUAUGGGGUGGCUACAUGCGAAGGAUGUAAGGGAUUUUUCAAGAGGAGUAUCCCAAAAGCACAUAAAUAUAAGUGUUUUUUCGGAGGACAAUGUGAUAUUUCACCAAAGAAUAGGAAUCGAUGUAAAUCAUGCAGGUUUAAUAUGUGUCUUCAAUUUGGAAUGUCUAUUGAUGCGGUAAAAAUGGGCAGAAUACCAAAGACGGAGAAAGAGAAAGCCUUGGCUGAAGCAGCCGAUGAGAAAACACCGGACCAAAUCAAUAACUUUCUUCAAAGAGAAGAAUUGAGUUCUUCUUUUCAACAAAAUGUGUGUUCUAUGGAACAGAGACACUCUUUUGCUCCCCAAAAGGUAUGUUCUGUGAGCCCUCAAUCAUUAGAAGAGGGAAAUCAAAUGCAUGUUCCGCACGUGAAUACGUUAGAAAAUUGUGAGAUAGAAACAAACUCAAGAAUGCUAAAUCAUCAUGACUUUCGUGAAAGCUCUGAAAUUGAACAGAACUUCAAAGGGAGAUUACAAAAUUGUCAGGAAUUUCAAGAAAAAUCCCAAAACGAUAGGAGUUUUGAGAACUGGAGAAGUCCAAGAAAUUCAGCAAAUGAAAGUUGUCAAAAUUUACCUAUGGAUUUUCAAAAGACUGAAUUUUCUGAGCUGUCAUGGCAAAAUCUGCAGAAAGGGCAUACACUCGCGUCACAAAAUCCAUUAUUGCAGCACAAUUCCACUAAUGGUAUAAAUCCAUUAUCAUUAAGUGCUAGUAGUGAAAGUUGUGAUAAAAACAUGCAUGAAUCAAAUUCUCAAAAUGUACAAACUUUCUCAAACAAUCACGAUGUAUUACGACCAUCCACAUUUUCUUCUUCUAAUUUGGAUGCCCAGAUGUCCACAUGUAGUCCUAAUGUACCUUCUACUUCUAAGGUGCAUUUUAGCUCAAUAGUGAUAGAAGAACUCGUUAGACAGGUUCUUGAAAAACCUGAGGUGACACAGAUACUACAUGAACGAUCAAACAGCCUGUCGAGUCAGAGUACAACGUCUAUUGGUGAAGGACAACUAGAUGCAUUGAGAUUGGCAGAAGUUGCUUCGCCCAAUGAAGACAACACAAACAGUGCCAUUACAUAUAAUAUGAUUAAUGCUGAAAAUUUGGUGAGCAGGCAAUUAGGAAAUGUUCAACAAAUAAAUUUCGACAUGAACGGAACUGAAGUUGAAAAAUCAGAGGAAGUAGCGAAAGAAUCAAAAGAGCUGAUUGAUGUGACAUUGGAAAGAUUUAAAGCACCAGUUGAUUUUCUGUUUUAUUAUCAAUCCUUUAACAGGGAGUGUUAUAAAAAGCAUAAGAGUGGUGAGGUAAGUUAAAUGAAAGGCAUAAGAGUGGUGAGGUAAGUUAAAUGAAAGGCAUAAGAGUGGCGUGGUAAGUUAAAUGAAAGGCAUAAGAGUGGUGAGGUAAGUUAAAUGAAAAGCUUAAGAGUGGCGAAGUAAGUUAAAUGAAAAGCAUAAGAGUUGUCAGGUAAGUUAAAUGAAAAGCAUAAGAGUGGUGAGGUAAGUUAAAUGAAAGGCAUAAGAGUGGGGAGGUAAGUUAAAUGAAAAGGAUAAGAGUUGUCAGGUAAGUUAAAUGAAAGGCAUAAGAGUGGUGAGGUAAGUUAAAAGAAAGGCAUAAAAGUGGGGAGGUAAGUUAAAUGAAAAGGAUAAGAGUGACAAAGUAAGUUAAAUGAAAAGCAUAAGAGUGGUGAGGUAAGUUAAAUGAAAAGCAUAAGAGUGGUGAGGUAAGUUAAAUAAAAAGCAUAAGAGUUGCCAGGUAAGUUAAAUGAAAGGCAUAAGAGUGGGGAGGUAAGCUAAAUGAAAAGCAUAAGAGUGGCGAGGUAAGUUAAAUGAAAGGCAUAAGAGUGGGGAGGUAAGUUAAAUGAAAGGCAUAAGAGUGACGUGGUACUUAGUUAAAUGAAAGGCAUACGAGUGGCGAGGUACUUAGUUAAAUGAAAGGCAUAAUUGUGGCGAGGUUAGUUAAAUGAAAGGCAUAAGAGUGGUGAGAUAAGUUAAAUCAAAAAGCAUAAGAGUGGUGAGGUAAGUUAAAUGAAAGGCAUAAGAGUGGCGAGGUAUUAAGUUAAAUGAAAGGCAUAAGAGUGGUGAGGUAAGUGAAAUGAAAAGCUUUAAAGUGGCGAGGUAAGUUAAAUGAAAAGCUUUAAAGUCGUGAGGUAAGUUAAAUGAAAAACAUAAGAGUGGCAAGGUAAGUUAAAUGAAAAGCUUAGAAAUACACUUCAGGUCAGAUAGAUUUUCUUUGAUUAGACAAUAGAAUAGAGAAUGGAAGCAGGGAAUUUGUCAAAGAGACAAAAACCCACCCAAAGAGCAGAAAACAACCCAAGGCCACCAAUGGGUCUUCAAAGCAGCAAGAAAAUUCCAGACCCGAGUUUUAUUAUAAACAAUAAUGUAUACUAAUUCAGGGAAAUGGACCCCACAUUAAACUCUGAAACAUACAAAUGAAACAGAAUUUAAAAAAUACAAGACUAACAAAGGCUAGAGGUUCCUGACUUGGGAAAGUUGCAAAAAUGUGGCGGUGUAAAACAUGUUUUGUGUGACCUCAACCCUCCCCCUGACCCUAUACCUCUACCCAAUGUGGAAUGAACAAACACACAAUAUUUUGUUACACUGCCACCAAAAUUGUUAGGGGUUGUCAUGUUCUUACACACUUUUGCUGCAAUAUUGUACAAUUACAUUUUAUAUACUUUUCAUAAUUUUCUUUCAAAGUUUGAAAAAUCCACCCUUAGGUUUUUACAGCACCUGCACAUGAAAGGCACAUUAAUUCUGAUAAAAUUUACAUAAAAGAUUGAUAUCAACAGCUACUUAUCGAGUACACUCUAAAAAUCAGGUGUAAAAAAGAUGAAUUACCAAUAAUGCUAAUUAUUGAUAAAUAUAUCCUAAAUUCAACAAAAAUAUCCUAAAGUUUCAAAUCUGAAAAAAUUAAAAGCAAAAUGAUCCCAUAAUCAUGUGG